UUCCAGGUACUCAAACAUUAAUGAACAUUAAGUCAUUUUUGGACUUUUAUGCUCCAUUUCUUUGCAAAAAUGUCGGUUCCUUUUAGUUUUUUUCUUCUUCUUUGCGUCAUAGCUGAAGUCUUAUCAAAGCCGAUCCAGAAUGAAACUUCGUUGUUUAGAUUUGCUAACAUCUUUGGUGAUCACAUGGUGUUGCAGCAGGCACCUUUUCGUGCUAAUGUUUGGGGUUAUGGAGAAGUUGGUCAAACAGUUCUUGUUGUUAUCGGCAAUWUAGCUUAUCAAGCUAWAGUUGAAAAAGACUCUAAAGGGAAAGGAACAUGGAAAGCAAACCUUGAUAGUCAUAAGGGAGGACCGUAUAAUAUCACAGCCACCUCAAAGGUCAAUGGUACUGUACAUAACAUUACUUUACAUGAUGUACUAUUUGGUGAUGUUUGGAUCUGCAGUGGUCAAAGCAAUAUGCAGUUCUCAAUUUCUCAGGUUGUAAAUUUAUCUGAGGCUCUUAAAGAAGCAGAUCAUUAUCCUGAAAUYAGGCUUUUUACAGCAUAUCAAGUUCAAUCAGAUACACCUCUUGACGAGCUGAGUGUYGUUGAACAACCAUGGUCAGUUGCUUCUUCAGCUAGUAUCAAUGGUGGAGUGUGGAAGUACUUUUCUGCUGUGUGCUGGUUCUAUGCCAAAAAUCUUUAUGAUAAAUACAAGUAUCCAUUAGGAAUGAUUGCUACUGACUGGGGUGGCACAGCCAUUGAAGUAUGGUCAUCAGCAGAAGCUCUUGCAACUUGUAACAUUACCCAGAAAGAUGAAAUCAAAAUGAGCGAUGAUUUUAUACCUUUUGAAAGUGGUCUAGGUAUGGCAUUCCCAAAUAAACCUUCAGUACUGUACAAUGCCAUGAUYUACCCAUUCCUCAAAAUGACCAUAUUUGGGGCUAUUUGGUAUCAAGGUGAGGCAAAUGCAGGUGCACCUUCCWCAUACAACUGUACCUUCCCUGCGAUGAUUGAUGAUUGGAGAAAGAAGUGGUAUACAAAUACUGGUGGUUAUACUGAUCCACUCUUUGCUUUUGGAUUUGUCCAGCUAUCAAGUUUUGACAAUAACUCCACUGUCGCAGCUGGUUUUCCUGCUAUACGUUGGGCUCAGACCGCCAACUAUGGCUAUGUCCCCAAUGCACGUAUGGAAAAUGUGUUCAUGGCUGUUUCAAUGGACCUAGGCAAUGCAUCAUCGCCUUGGGGCAGUAUACAUCCCAAUGAUAAACAGGAUGUUGGUUACCGUCUUGCUUUGGCURGUCGUGCAGUUGCAUAUUCUGAGCCUAACAUUUACUAUACAGGWCCAAUAGCUGUUAAAAUAGAGGUUUCUGGUCAGACUUUUCCAAAGGCAUGGGUUAUUGAUGUAGUCUAUGAUGACGUUGGAGCAGAAGGGCUAGAAAUUCGAACACGAGAUGGUUUUGAGAUUUUCUGUCAAGCCAGCGAAGCUUCUUCUUCCUGGACUCAGGCCCAGAUUUUAACAAGCUCGUUUGACAGGGUGAGUUUGUUGGGUUUUUGUYCAUCGGCUACCAGCCAAUUAAUGGGAGUUCGCUAUGCCUGGAAUCAAGAUCCUUGUCCGUUUAAAAGCUGCGCCGUGUACAGUAAAGCUGAGGAACUUCCCAGUCCACCAUUUGUAAAAAUGGCGCCGUUUUAAUCAACAGCGAMUGAGGCUASUCUUAGAYAAGCAUCUGUUUUUACACGUCUACUAUUAGUCUCAAUGUCGUUGAAAUCUGUGUUUCAAACGUCGAAUUUCGCAUGUGUCGAAUUCAAUGUAAAUGAAAUUAUAAAGAGCAGAAUCAAAAGAAGGCACUUGUGACAUGCGGCGUUUCACACAGAUUUUAAUUGCAAACACGUCAUGAUAUUAUUCAGCGCAGGAAUAAUAUAAGUAAAAUUUUAAUACAAGUUCGUACGUUCCAAAAAACAGAUUCCAUCUUSUCAUAAACAUUCGCUUUGAAGAUUUGAAAUAUAGAAAUUAUUAGAAUUUUGUUAGUAUCCAAAGUAAUCCCACAUAACAUGAAGUAAGAGGAAUUUUGUUUUAAGUACAAUUUUGUACACCCAAAUGUUUGUAUUUAAUCUCAAUCUUUUAUAAAAUCCAAAAAAAGUUACUGUAGUCAAAACUUCRAAUACAUCGCCGCAAAACGUCCAGACAAAAAGAAAUGAGAUGUUAUCAAUUUGUCGUAUUCACUCUGUCGAUAAUGAAUGAACUUUGGUUAUUAAAGAAUCUGWAAGUGUUUUACCACCUAGCUAAUAUGCUUCGAGUCAAUUGGACGCUACUUCAAACUGUGAUACCCGAGUUUGUACUUAAUGUUGAAAUUGAAUAAAUUUUUAUUUUUAUAAUCAUAAA